GGCAACUCUGCAUCCUACAACUGUGGAAUUUCGGCAACAAAGUAUCCAUGUCUCUAAGAACUCGGAAAAUGUGUCUGUGAGAGAUGGAAGCGAGGCGGCUGCUUUCUGCUUCUUCCCAGGUCAGUCUGAUCUGAUGCGCGUGGCCAUGCCAGUGGAAAAUACCGUUAAUUUUCUCUCCUUCAUUUUUUCCUUUCUGCGGGAAGCUUCGGAUUCGGGAGCCUUGCCUUCUCUCCUCCUACAGACAUCACAUCCGGGUCAGUUGGCUGCAACUGUGUGUAUAUCGAGCUCAGUACAGCAACGCAGGCUGAGACAGCUGCUGUGUAUCCUGUGCUGACAUGGAUACGACCACUGGCGUUUGUUGAAACUGUUCACCAUAACAUCAAGCUGGGAAGCUAAAACCAGGGACGCCCGCGGAAAGGACCGAUAAUUUCUUGCAUGGGUGCCCUCAAGGGAUAGCCACUAUUCAGCCAUGUCCAAAAGCCUGAAGAAGAAAAACCACUGGACCAACAAAGUCUACGAGAGUGUCCUUUGCAGGAAUAAGGAAGGGGAGCUUGGGUUCGAGUUGAAGGGAGGCGCGGAGAAUGGACAGUUCCCAUAUCUUGGGGAGGUUAGGCAAGGCAAGGUGGCCUGCCAGAGCGGCAGACUGUCCCAAGAUGAACUACUCCUUGAGGUCAAUGAAACGCCAGUGGCCGGACUAACCAUCAGGGACGUACAUGCAGUGGUCAGACACAGCAAAGACCCUGUCCGCCUUAAGUGUGUCAAACAAGGGGGCGUCAUAGACAAGGACCUGCGUCACUACCUCAACCUGCGCUUCCAGAAGGCCUCAGUGGACCACGAGCUCCAGCAGAUCAUUAGAGACAACCUCUACCUCCGCACCAUACCCUGCACAACCAGGCAGCCCAAGGAAGGAGAGGUCCCGGGGGUGGACUACAACUUUGUGACUGUUGAUCGGUUUAUGGAAUUGGAGAAAAGUGGAGCCUUACUAGAGAGCGGAACUUAUGAAGAGAACUAUUACGGUACCCCCAAGCCCCCGUGCGAGCCCAGCCCUCUGCUGCUAAAUGUAACAGAUCAACUCCUGCCGGGCGCCCGACCCAGCUCCAAGGGGAAGAGGAAACGGAACAAGUCGGUCAGCAACAUGGAGAAGGCCGGCAUCGAGCCACCCGAGGAUGAGGAAGAGGAGAGGCCCGUUGUCAAUGGCAACGGCAAUGGCAUCACCCCAGAGUCCAGUGAACAUGAAGACAAGAGUACAGAUGUCUCCUCGGGGGACGUCCCCACCCAGACCUGUCCCCCCACCGAGACCCCCACCACCCCUAACAAUGAGGUCCCCCAGGAGGAGGGGGGCGAGCUAGCCAAGUCGCCCCCCAAGCCAGAUGAGAAUGAGAGUGAGCUUGGCCCCCUGCCAGAGAACUGGGAGAUGGCCUACACAGAGAAGGGAGAGGUGUACUUUAUCGACCACAACACCAAGACGACGUCGUGGCUGGACCCGCGGCUGGCGAAGAAGGCGAAGCCACCAGAAGAAUGCAAAGAGGACGAGCUGCCGUAUGGCUGGGAGAAGAUCGAUGACCCUAUUUACGGAAGCUACUAUGUGGACCACAUAAACAGGCGGACACAGUUUGAGAACCCAGUCUUGGAAGCCAAGAGGAGAGUCCAGCAACACCAGCAAAUGCAAGAGCAGGGUCUGUCCUCGCUGCCCCUACCUACUAUCUACAGAGAGAAGCCCCUGUUCACACGGGACGCCACCCAGCUGAAGGGCAGCUUCCUGUCCACGGCCCUGCAGAAGAGCAACAUGGGUUUUGGCUUCACCAUCAUCGGAGGAGACGAGCCAGAUGAGUUCCUGCAGGUCAAGAGUGUCAUACCUGACGGCCCCGCUGCACAAGACGGAAAGAUGGACACAGGUGAUGUCAUCGUGUACAUCAAUGACGUGUGUGUCCUGGGCACCACCCAUGCCGACGUGGUCAAGCUGUUCCAGUCAGUGCCCAUCGGGCAGAGCGUAACCCUGGUGCUGUGCCGUGGCUACCAGCUGCCCUACGACCCCGAGGACCCGGGCGCCAGCGCCGGCACCACCACCACCCUCCUCUCUCCCCUGGGCCUGAUGGAGCAGCGCCCCCUCCUGGUCAAUGGACGCUCCAACUACGACAGCUACAUGGACUACAUCUCGCGCACGGCACGUUUCGUCCAGGAGCACGGUGACCAACAUCUCAACGCCCACCACCACCAUCAACCCCCUCCGCCGCCGCACCCCGGCGACACCCACCUGGACGGCUCCUCCCUGACGCCCGGCGGGCCGCACGGCGAGGACUCGGUGUCCAUGGCGUCAUCGGGGGCGACGCAGGCGGAGCUGCUGACGCUGACCAUGGUGAAGGGGGCGGAAGGGUUCGGGUUCACCAUCGCAGACAGCCCGACGGGCCAGAGGGUGAAGCAGGUGCUGGAGCCCCAGGGGUGUCCUGGUCUCUGUGAAGGGGACCUGAUCAUAGACAUCAACCAGCAGGGAGUGCAGGGCCUCAGUCACACCCAGGUGGUGGAGCUGCUCAAGGAGUGUGCCGUCGGGGCUGAGACCAGCCUGGUCAUCCAGAGGGGUGGAGGAGGUCACUAUUCACCCUGGAAGACCCCUAAACAGGUGUUGGAGCAGUGGGACGCGGCCCAAGGCCAGGGAGGGGGUCAGGGCAGCCCCCAGACCAGUCUGUCUGCCCCCGUUGUCCCCCACAACGCCCCCUUCCUGACCCGCCACCUCCACAGGGCCUCAGUCCCAGACUCUGCCCUCCCCGAGGGCUUUGAUCUGAGCAGGCCCGACCCCUAUGACCUCUAUGAGAAGUCCAGGGCUAUCUAUGAGAAUAGUAGGCAGCCAGGCCUGCCACGGACCAUCUUCUCUGUGGACCACUCUGGGGCAGAGUACCAGGAGGUGGAGGUCCACCUGAGGAGGCAGAAGUCCGGCUUCGGCUUCCGCAUCCUUGGGGGAGACGAGGCGGGUCAGCCUGUGAGUCCGGACACCCGUGAGAAGAUUCUGAUUGGGGCCAUCAUAGAGAAGAGCCCUGCAGACAGAGACGGGCGCCUGCGGCCAGGCGAUGAGCUCAUCUUCGUGGACGGGAUCCCGGUGGCGGGGAAGCCCCACCGCUACGUCAUCGACCUGAUGCACGGCGCCGCCCGCAAUGGACAGGUCAACCUCACCAUCAGGAGGAGGCUACAGGGCCCAGGAGAGCCGUGUCCAGAGAACGGCCGCAGCCCCGGCUCUGUGUCCACCCAGCACAGCUCCCCACGCAGCGACUUCACCAACGUCACGUAUCCUGGCAACAACGCAGCCCCACCCACUGACGCCAUGGGUACAGGUAGCACCACAGACGGAGAGCCGACCUCCAGCGUGCAGCAGCCACCGAGUGAUGUCAUUAUCCACCGCAAGGAGAGUGAAGGGUUUGGAUUCGUCAUCAUCAGCUCGCUCAACCGGCCCGAGACCGCCGCCGCCAUCAGCGUGCCCCAUAAGAUUGGGCGUAUCAUCGACGGCAGCCCGGCGGACCGCUGUGGCAAACUGAAGGUGGGUGACCGCAUCCUGGCGGUAAACAGCCAGUCCAUCAUCAACAUGCCCCACGCCGACAUCGUUAAGCUCAUCAAGGACGCCGGCCUCAGCGUCACCCUCCGGAUCAUACCACAGGAAGAGCUGAGCCCGUCAGCCCCUAGCUCAGAGAAGCAGAGCCCAGCAGUGACCCAGCAGCACAGUCCUCAGGCCCAGCCCAGUCCCGCCGUGGGCCAGCCCAUCCCUGCAGUCACCCAGCCCAGCCCUGCAGUCACUCAGCCCAGCCCUGCAGUCACCCAACCCAGCUCCCUGACCCAUCAGAGUCCCAUCACACAGACCCCAGCCCCCCCACCCCAGAUCUACACCCACGACAGCAGUUACAGGUCAGAGGUGAAAGCGAGGCAGGAUGUGAAACCGGACAUUCGACAGCCUCCAUUCACAGACUACAGACAGCCCCCGUUGGACUACAGACACCCUCCUGUAGCAGACUACCGCCAGCCACCCACCCUGGACUACAGACACCCUCCUCUGAUGGACUACAGACAGCUGUCCACUGACCCCAGGCACUUCCCUAUGCCUGUGCCCCACGACUACAGACAGAUCCAGCCACAGAUGCCACAGGUCUACCAGGACUUUGACUUCUUCACCGUGGAGCUGGAGAAGAGUGUGAAGGGGUUUGGCUUCAGUAUCCGUGGAGGGAGGGAGUACAAGAUGGACCUGUUUGUCCUGCGACUGGCUGAGGACGGACCCGCCAUCCGCAACGGGAGGAUGAGGGUUGGGGACCAGAUUAUUGAGAUCAAUGGGGACACAACCAGGGACAUGACCCACGCCCGGGCCAUCGAGCUCAUCAAGUCAGGGGGCCGGCGGGUGCGUCUGCUCCUGAAGAGAGGCACAGGGCAGGUCCCAGAGUAUGACAGUACCUCCCCCUGGGAUGCACGCCCUUCAGCCUCCCCAAGUCUGUCGGAAGUAGCCCUGCCCCCAGACACUCUGACCAUGCCAUCGCCCUCAUCUCAUCUGACCCCGUCCCAGCAGCCCCCAGGCCCCGACCUGGCUCGCCUGCCACCACAGGAGGUCCCGCGGGAGCCGGCGGUGCAAGAGAGCAGGAAGGCGGAUCGCUCCCAGAGCCCCCGGAAGGCCCCGACCGAGCCGCAAAAUCCGGACCAGACCGGCCACGGGAGGAGGGACCGGGACCGGCCCAGUGGGAGUGGUUGCAGUAAUGGGAGGGCCAAGCAGAAGGAAGGUGGCAGGUCCACCCGCAGAGGGAGCUGCCCCAAAGAGGGAGGGCCGGUGGGGAGGGAUGAGCUGCUACCUGGGGGAGGGGAGCCCAAAAGCUCCUCCAGGGGGAGGUCUAAGGAGAGGAUAGCUGGGGAGAGCAGCAGCACGUCCCACGGGAAAAGAGAACCCACACAGUCCCCGACGAAAGGCUCCAAGCCCUCAUACACAAACUCUAACGGGAACGGCAGCAGCGGUGGUACUCAGAGCGGCAGCAGCAGUCACCCAGACGUUAGUGUCGGGCAUCAGGGGGAGCCGGCGCAGGAGAAGCCCAGGCCCAGAGAGGCAGAGAGGGGCCCUGGAGAGACCAGGCCCUGCCGCCCCAACAAGAGCACCAGCAGCAGCAGCACGGCAGCGGGUAGGAAGGCCACUGUGUCCCCUGGGCCCUGGAAGAUCCCCGGCUCUGACAAGCUGCCCAGCACCCUGCGCUCGGGCACGUCCACUGUGAGCAGAUAACACCUUGGAGUAUACCCACUACCAGGCACCCAGGCCGGGCUACACUAAGCCUGGCUAGCCCCUUCAUUGGCUCCCCUCACCCUGCCUGCACUCCCCUACCCCACCCUCUAGACCUCAGAUGUAAAGGGGGGUUCCUCCAUGCGUUUUUAGAGAACCAUUUUUAUUUAUAUUGUACUCUAAAUUAUUUUGAGAGAUAUUUUACACCGACCACCUUAAGAACUGGAAAGCAUCCACUUAAAAAUUCAAAACAAGAAGAAACCAAGCAGAAUGUGUGUAGCGUGACUGGAUCCUUGAGCAGUGUUAAGGGGUCCGAAUACAGGAACUUCAUUUGGAAGUGCUCAAAUCCCCACAGCACUCCAGUCCAGGACGUACAUGCAAAUUGAACCACUCACCGAUUGGUUGACUGUGACACUGCAGUUUUUUUUAUACAAUGAAGUCUAUUUUAUGAAAGGAAUGUUGAAGAGGGGUUGCCUGUUUUUGUGUAUUUUAAAAAGAGAGAAUGAAAACCAGAACUAGAAAAAGAGUAUACGCAUUAAUGGGACUUUGCCUUAAAUAAGAGACUGUACGAGACUGAAGAAGCUAUCCCGAGGAAUCUAUCAAAUGGUAUAGAAAUAAAUAUAUUAUAUGAUGAGUAUUAAUAUGUGGGACGUGAUCAUCUCUAAUGCAUACCUAGUCGGGCCAAUGGUAGCUCUGAGACGCCUCAUAAGCUAGACGAACGAAGGAGCACAACACCGUUUUUCAACACUCCCUUAUAACUCCACAGCCACAAAUCCACUAUAAUAUUGCAUUUCUAGUCUGUGUGGACCCAUUCUACGAGACUGCAGUGGACUCUAAGGGCUGUACGUGCUUGAAUCAUCAACGGUUGGGUCACAGGAGAUACAUUUCCCCCUCACUGUGCUUCGCGAACAAAGCAAUUUGCUGAGGUUUGUCUGGUGGACAAUGUGGAGAGAGUGAAGGCUCAUGGGAUAUCGGGGCAGAGUGCCUUACGAUACGGACAGAGAGGUCUGUUAUGGACUUAAAGAACCUAGAACACUCUCUAGACUGAUGUGGUUCAAUCCAGGCUGCUACCGUACAGUCAACACCAAUGUCCCAAUAUUCAUAUACAUCUGUGCCAUGACGGACAUUCAUGGUUUUAUAUCUGAUUGUUGAAAUUUGUUCACUAUAUUUACAGACCCCACAGUAUUUAUUUGGUCAGAAAACAUUAGCAAAUCUUUCCAUUUCCUUACAGAUUGAAGAUAGUUCCACAACUUUUGGGGUUCUGUUGGUAUCUCAUCGUCAGAUAUCGAAACGUCUAGGCAGAACAUCUCUAACAGAUGGUGUAAUCAAGCUGUAGCUACACAGAAUGACGUGUUUGGGUGAAAAUAUGGCACGGGUAUGAAAGCAGGAAACUCCACUAGUAUUUCUGGUGGGGAUCAGAGGGAGAGAGAAACAUUGCCAUUUGUCACGAGCUCAUUCAUCACAAUGUGUCUAAUGGUCUGUGGCUUCACUUAACGCUGUUCAUUUACACAACACAUGAAACACGUUUAUCUCCCAAAGACGCAUAUGUAUACUUUACAACUGACAACUGUCUGGAUAUUCAUUUCAACAUUUGUUUAGUCUCUAAGUGUCUACAUAGCCAGUGACGUUAAUAUAUAUAUACAUCUCUCUCUACCAGAUUGUGGCCCAAUUAACUUCGGAGCUCUAGGCAGUGGAGGCUCUGUCAGGGGCUCUGUCUGCACUCCCCCAUUACCAGUUUACACACACACACACACACACACACACACACACAGGUACACAGUUAAGACACACACAGUAACACACACACACGCGUCCCUCAGAACCGCCUUGUCAUCCGAUGACUAAGGUAGAGUUUUUUGGUUUUUUAAACCCUCUCAAACCCUCUCUCUGGGCCUGGGACUCACAGAAGCGAAUUCAUCUGUCACUCUGAUAACUAGUAUACUAUACAUGGAGAUGUGGAGAGACUACAAUCAUCUAGACAUUAUGAUCAUUGACAGACACAAGAAUCAUUCUUGGCGAUAAAAGAAAAGUCAUUAAGGAGCAAUCCGAAUGUGUCCCCUUUAGUUUCUGCAGACAUCUGAUUUUUGAGUGGUAAUUUGCAGUGUGUCGAGCUAACAAUCCAGCAAAGGGAGGACGACAUUGGCAGAACAAAGCUGUCCCCCUCGGGUGGAAGAAAUGCAGACAGUCUUUCAGAAUAGCAGUAAUUACGAGAGAGGUGAGUGAUGCGCUGAGCCCAUUGGAAUCUCUAUUUAUGAGAGGAAAAUAUAUUUCUUUAAAGCACAAAGUGGUUCAGAGAAAUGGUAUAUAAAUUGUGCUGGGCAACUGACCCUGAGUAGACAAGAGUCUGUGGCUCAGCCACUGUCUGGGCCUGUUUGAAUACUUUAACAAUGCAUCCUUCCUCUCUUCCUUCUCUCUUUCCUAACGUCUUGUAAGAACAAUGGUUACUUCAAGUAAGUAGGCAGCAGGUAGCCUAGAUGUUCAGAGCAUUGGGCCAGUAACUGAAAGGUUGCUGGUUUGAAUCCCGAGCUGAAUAAGUGGAAAAUCUUCCCUUGAGCAAGGCACUUCACCCCAAUUGCUCUGGAUAAGAGCAUCUGUUAAAUGACAAUAAAUAAAUAUAUAAUAAUGGAAAGCAGGUACAUGUUCAUUCACUGGUUACUUCAAGAAAGGAUUCAUUUGAACAGUGCCACUGUGUUCACCCCACACACAACCAUUCCUAUAGUGUCUGGCCAGUCCUGACUGUCUACUGCACCUUCAUCACUAAGCCUAUCAUGACUUCUGUGUAGACUAGAGACAAGAGAGAAUGUCCUUCCUUCGUUGCACAGUUCGCCACUUUUUCUCGUCAGAGCAGUCCCCCAUUGAGGCAAAUAUCAGUACUUUUCUAUGGACAGAUCAGAAGAGAUAGGUAUAUCUAAAACGGUGAGUGUGUUGAAGACUGGCGGCACGUACAAUACAUGAACCCCCUGAGCCUACCUAAUGCAGCAGGGUAUCACUGUGUAGUGUUAUUAUUAGCCGUGGUAUUGACCUUGUACAGGUGUGUCGCUAUUAUAAAUAUGACUCAAUGUAUUAUUAUGGAUAGUCCCAGACUAUAAGUGAACGGCCUAUUUUUAUGAAAUGCAACACUAUGGAUAUAUUAACUUUUGCAGAAAUCUUGUUUACCGUAUGAUAUUCUGAAAUGCUGUCAAAUAAAAUCUUGACACGGUGUAAAGUA